ACACAAAUGGAACCUCAACUGAGUUAAAGUGGACGGUGACGAUCUCUGAUGGGACACCUGACACGGUGGUGGAAUCAUCGUGGAUAUGUACUGCAUGGAUGCGGCUGAUGGGGCUGAUUUUAGCAUUGAAAUUGAACGUGUGGAUGUUUUGGGAGAAGAUGAGGGAGUUGGCUGUUGAUGAUCCUAGAAGGAUUUUCCAUUGUUUCAAAGUGGGGCUGGCACUUACAUUGGUGUCCCUGUUUUACUACAUCGGGCCCUUGUACGAUGGUGUUGGAGGAACGGCCAUGUGGGGCAUCUUCACGGUCAUUGUAAUCUUCGAAUGCACAGUCGGUGCAACGCUCUCCAAAGGUUUAAACAGAGGAAUGGCUACGCUAGUUGCUGGAGCCUUCGGCUUCGUUGUUUAUUGGCUUGCAAGCCACUUUGGGGAGAAGGCCGAGCCUGUGGUUCUUGGUAUCUCUGUCUUCUUUAUAGUUUCUGCGGUUACGUUUCUUAGAUUCAUUCCUGCGGUGAAAACCCAAUUCGAUUAUGGUGUUUUGAUCUUUAUCCUCACCUUCAGCUUGGUUUCCAUCUCGGGAUACCGUGAGAACAAAUUGUUUGAGUUGGCCCACCAGCGUCUAUCCACCAUUGCCAUAGGAGGGUUCAUGUGCAUAGUCAUCAGCAUCUUUAUCUGCCCCAUCUGGGCAGGCGAAGAACUCCACCAACUGAUCACUUGUAACAUUGAAAAGCUUGCCGAUUCGUUAGAUGGAUGUGUGUUUGAAUAUUUUAAUGAAAGUGCGAGUACAGCAGACAACGAAGAGCCUGGUCAAAAAUCACAAGCCUACACAAGCGUGCUGAUCAAUUCGAAGGCCACCGAAGAAUCACUGGCCAAAUUCGCACAAUGGGAGCCCCCACAUGGCCGUUUCUGGUUUUGGCAUCCAUGGAAACAGUAUCUCAAGAUCUCAGCGGCAAUACGCUGCUGCACUUAUCGAGUGGAGGCACUCAAUGGUUCCAUCAAUUCGGAGAUUAAGGCACCCAAGUUCAUGAAGAAGCAUAUCAGUGACGCAUGCAUGAAGUUAAGCUCCCAAUUUUCCAUGGUCUUGAAAGAGCUCGCCACCACAACCAAAAGCAUGAGAAGAUCUUCCAACAUAGAGUUUUUAGUUUCAAAGAUGAAUUGCGCUGUAGAAGAUCUCCGAAAUGCAUUGGAUUCUCUUCCUCACCAACUUCCACUGCCGCUGCCACCUCCAUCGAUAGAAGCAAUGAAGGAGAAAAACCCAUGCAUCUGGACUAUCAACAUGCCACUUACGGAGGUCAUGCCUCUUGUCGUGGUCACCUCGCUACUGAUCGAAAUCGCAGGGAGGAUCCAAGGAGUCGUCGAUGCCGUCAAUGAAUUGGCAAUCCUUGCGAAUUUCAAACCCGCUGUAGGAAAGUCUAAGCUGCGGGACAAUAAUUAGCCUAAGGUGUGUCCAGAUGCAUCCAUGGUCGGACAAUGGAGAUGGCUUGUCUGCUCGGCACUAUCAUGAAUUGGUCGUGGUCUUAAAAAAUAACGCUGAACCGAUGAUCUUAACCUCC